AUGAAAAGACGCUCAACCGGAUGCUUACGUAGAGCUUCCGUUUAUUCCAACAAGAGUUCUAAAUCAACAGAAACAUCAAACACAAAAGUCUGGAGAUCACCCGGCUUUUAUGAAAUUCCAAAUGUAUUCGGAAGCGAUUGCUUUCUUAAACCGGAACCAAUCAGCGAGAAAACAUAUAAAUUACGCUCACCGAAUCUACAGAAACACAUAUCCAAACAUCCUUGGCGUCCCGCUGGAAACUGCACAGAAAUCCCCCAAUUGCCGCCACUCAUCCGAGCAGGAAACGCAUUUGAAAAGAGAGUCCGAAAAGCAUUACCGAAAUUACCUGUUUCUUCAUUAGACCCAAGUAAUAAAUACGAUGGAUUCAAAGAAAUUGGCACAGGUGUCAAUGGUUCUGUCGUCAAGGCCCAACAUCGUUAUAAGAAGAAUGUAUUUUUUGCAAUCAAGCGAUGUCACCUGGAUCCUGAUCGCGAAGAUAAAGCAGCCAUCAUUCGUGAGCUGCGUAUCAUGGCUACGGGUCAUACAAAUCUUAUUCGACUUCGAGAAGUUUCACUAUGGAAACAAGAAGUAUGGAUGGCCAUGGAUCUUGAAAGAUGUUCUGUAUUUGCCGUUUUAUGCCAGCGAGGCAUUCCAGAACAAUAUACCGUAUACAUUACAUGCGAAGCUUUGAAGGGCCUCGCUUAUUUACAUUCAAAAUCGUUUAUCCAUCGUGAUAUCAAAUGCGAAAAUAUCUUGUUAGGCUGGAAUGGUGAAGUUAAAUUAGCUGAUUUUGGUCUUGCAACAAGAACAAACAGACGCAAUCGGGAAAGACUUGGCACUAGUAAAUGGAUGGCACCUGAAGUCAUUCGUGAGCAACUUUAUGACGAAAAAAUUGAUAUGUGGUCCUUGGGCAUCACCUUGGUCGAAAUGAUGGAUCGUGUGCCACCCCAUUAUCUCAUCAAAGAUGAAACUGAGCUUUUUACUGCUAUUUUGAGUGAACCAAGCCCAACAUUCACAUACAGUUAUCCUUCCAUGUACAUGAGAGGACUUGUUGCGUGGUUAUUGGAUGAAACACCAUCUACCAGACCACAUGCCGUUGAUGUGUUGCAGGAAAUUGAUGAUCACAUUCAUAGCAAGCUCUUAAAAUCUGCCGGUCCUAAUGACUUGGCUCGGUUUGUAAACCAUGUAUUAUCAGCAUCCGCCUAA